AGCACUCCACACCUCCCACCUACCUCGCUUCCGCCGUUGACCAUCGCCUGAGCAGAAGCUUUGAGAUGGAGGAAGAAGCUUUGAGGGCGGCGAUGGAAGACGCUUUCCUGGAGGGCGCGGUUCAAUGGCGCGCGGAUACCAUCCUCCAGACCCUGCGGAUGGACAAGCUAGAUGCGUGGAUCCGUGGAGAGGGGCUUUCCGAUGACAUCGAGGCGCUAAAAUCUGAGAUCGAUGAAGUCAAGGCGACGGUCUCUGAUGUAAAGGGGAGGGCGAUCGGCAACAGGCGGCUGGCUAGGUCUCUCGCCGCGCUCAAGCAGAAGCUCUUCGACGCCGAUGACGCGAUCGACGAGCUCGACUACUACAGACUUCUACACCAGGUCGAAGGAGGCCAACACCUGCUGCCAUCUUCGUCCAACACGCACAAUUGCUUCGCCUCCGACGAUGUCACUCAGCCUUGUACCCCAGCUGCAAUGACUACCCCCGUUACUUUGCAGGAGCCUGAAGGCAUGCAUGAAGUAGCACAACUAGAUCAUGGCACAUUGAGGGGCGAUGAUAAUAUACUGCCAAGAAGCGGUCGUGGCAAAAAACGGUCCAAGGCAUGGGAUGAUUUUGAAGACAUAAGAGAUGAUAAUGGAAAGACCGUGCAGGCAGAAUGUAGACACUGUAAAAAGAGAGUUCAAUACAAAGGUGCACAAGGGACAAGAGUCUUGAUAACUCAUGUCAAUAGUGCCGAGUGUAAGAAUACACGAGAAGCACGUCCCCAGACGCCAAGCCAUUCAACCUGCAUAAACGAUGCUACUGAAAAUGCUACCCUCGCUAAUUCAUCCAGCAGACCAACGAACCAAGAGCGAACACAGAUCACCGCAGCUGUUGCUCACCCUUGGAAUAAGGACGAAAUUUCCAGUAGGAUACUGAGAAUAACUCAUCAGUUGCAAGGCAUCCGAGGGAAUGUGACAAAGGAUCUCAACAUGUUUGGGUCACACUCUGGUGCAAGUUCAGUUCUCCAUCAAAGAACAGCCUCAGAUCCAUGCCGAAGAACAUCAAGUCUUCUUCAAGGCAAAGUGUAUGGGAGAGACAAAGAGAAGAACACCAUCAUAAAGGUGAUUACUGCUGGGAAAUCUGACAGUGUGACUGUCGUGCCUAUUGUAGGCAUUGGAGGUGCUGGGAAGACAGCUCUCGCACAAUCUGUAUGUAAUGAUCCGAAAGUGCAAAACCAGUUUGACCACAGCAUAUGGGUGUGGGUGUCUAACAGCUUCGAUGAAAUGAGAAUCACAAGAGAGAUGUUAGAUAUUGUCCCUCGAGAAAAGCACGAAGGGUUAUGCAGCCUUGACAAACUCCAGCAGGUCUUGAAAACUCAUAUCGAAUCAAAGAGGGUUCUACUUAUAUUAGAUGACGUCUGGGAUGGCAUGAACGAUGGCAAACUGGACCUGAUACUGGCUCCUUUCAAGUCAGACAAUGCAAAUGGCAAUGUGAUCCUUGUAACGACCAGAUAUCUCUCUGUUGCAAAAAGGAUAGGAACGACUGAACCAAUUGUGUUAGGUGCUCUGGGAGAAGACGAUUUUUGGUCACUGCUCAAAGCACGAGCAUUUCGUGAUGAGAACUGUGAAGGGUAUGGAAAGCUAGAAAGCAUUGGAUGGAAAAUAGCAGGCAAGCUAAAAGGCAACCCAUUAGCAGCAGUAACUGCAGGGGGACUAUUAAGAGUUGAUCUUACUGUUGAUCAUUGGAACAAAGUUCUCGAGGAAGAAGGUUGGAAAUUGCUGGAGCUCGGUGGAGGCAUCAUGUCUUCUUUGAAGCUUAGCUAUGAUCAGUUGCCUUACCAUCUACACCAAUGCUUCUCAUAUUGUUCUAUAUUCCCCGAGAACCAUGACUUUCUUGAUGAGGAGUUAGUCCGUAUUUGGAUUUCGCAAGGAUUUAUCAACCCGAGUCAUUCAAGUAAGAGACUGGAGGAGAUAGGAAUGGACUAUUUGGCAGAUUUGGUGAACGUGGGCUACUUUCAGCAAGUUGGAAGAAAUUCAUAUGUCGUGUGUGGUCAUAUGCAUGAUUUUGCAAGGAUGGUUUCAAGAACUGACUGUGCAAUUAUAGAUGGUCUAGAAUGCAAUGAUAUAUUGCCAACUGUACAACAUUUGUCAAUAGUAUUCAACGGACUUCAGCAUAGGAACAUACAUGUAGAAAAUAUGCGAGACACAAUUGCAUCAAUAGUCACAAAAUUGAGAUCAUUUAUCUUAAUUGGGCAGUACGAGUCUUCCUUCUUCCAAUCCUUCCAAAAUAUAUUCCGGAAGGCACAUAAUUUACGCCUGCUGCAAAUGUCUGCUACACCAGAUGAUUUUCGUUCUGUGUGUAGUUUGGUAAAUCCUACUCAUCUCCGUUAUCUAAAAGUUAAUGUUGGUUGCAGUGAAAGAGAUGUGCUUCAAGUUUUGAGCAAGUUUUGCCAUCUUCAAACAUUAGAUGUCGGAUCAAACACUACCCUUAAUGGACCUCAUGGCAUCAAUUAUCUUGUGAGCUUGCAAUAUCUUGCCGCGGCUUCCAUUGCUAGAGUUGGCAAACUGACCUCACUUCAGAAACUAAACAAUUUCAGCUUAGAAGAUUGUAAUGGCUUUCAGAUUACAGAACUUAAAUCCAUGAACAAUCUUGUUCAACUAGGGAUUUCUCAGCUUGAAAACGUUAAAACUCUGGAGGAGGUUUGUGGGGCAGGACUGCAAGACAAAUGUCACUUAGAAAAGCUGCACUUGUCCUGGUCAAGCGACCGGGACUUGUUCUGGAAAAGCUUUUUGCAUAGUGAACCUUCUACCAGCAUACAAACAGAGCAGUGCUUGCGAACAGAGGUACUUGAGGGUCUUCAACCACAUAACAAUCUAAAGCAUCUGCAGAUAUUUGGAUACAAUGGUGCUUCCUCUCCAUCUUGGCUUGCCAGCAACAUACCAAUAACCUCUUUACAGACCCUUCAUUUAGAGAACUGUGGAGAAUUGCAGAUACUUCCAUCUGUUGAAAGGCUUCCGUUUCUUAUAAAGUUAAGCUUGAGCAACAUGCCAAAAGUAAAAGAAGUAUCCAUUCCUUCGUUGGAGGAGUUGGUGUUAAUUAAAAUGCCAAAGUUGGAGAGAUGCUCCUGUAUUUCCUUGAGGGACUUGAACUCUUGUUUAAGGGUUCUGAUGAUUAAGAAAUGCCCUGCACUGAAGGUGUUUGAUCUGUUUGGGAACAGCCAUAAAUUUAAAAUUGAGCAGAAGCCAUGGUUACCACGUCUUCGUGAACUCAUUAUUCACAAAUGUCCUCUUUUGCCGGUACCACACCCUUUACCAUCUUCAAGUACCGUUUCUAGAAUUUCCAUGAGUGGAGUUUCAAAAUUUCCAGGAAUAGAUUUACGGUCCUGCGGAAGUUUAACCAUCGGCAAGGAUCCUGAGGUGGAUGAUUCUGAUUCUGAUUCUGAAUAUGAUUCUGAUGAAGAGGGUAGUUUUUACAGGUUUUCUGAUAACCUGUCAGUAUUAGAUGGCAAUAUUUUGGCAUUCCAUAAUCCAAGGUUCCUGACACAGUUGAUAAUAGGUCGUUGCCGAAAUCUGACGCAUAUUUCAUUCAAAGGAUUAAGUCAACUUGUAUCCUUAAAGACACUGAGAAUAGUGGACUGUCCAGGACUUUUUGGUUUCGAUGUUCCACCAGACCAUACCCAUGAAGAUUUAUUUCAAGCUGAUAGCCAUGAAGAUUUAACAGCUGUAAAUUGGAAUGCCCUCCCAUCUCUUGAAUGUUUAGAGAUUUUUUCAUGUGGAAUAACGUGGCAGUGGCUAUCUCUGAUUCUGCAACAUGCGCUAGGACUAAUGAUAUUGGAUUUACGUCGCUGCCCAAAUUUAGAAUCUCUACAACUGAAUUCCUGCACGGCACUGGAACAGUUGGGGGUAUAUGACUGUGAAUCGCUCGGCAUACUAGAGGUCUUGCAAUGCCGUUCCCUCAGGGAUAUGAAAGUGGUGCAUGUCCCAAAAUUGAAAUCCCUACAGCUGCACUUUUGCACGGCAUUGGAAGAGUUGGUCAUCCGUGAAGCUGCAGUCUGCGUGCUAGAGGGCUCACAAUCACUCAGGAAGUUGGAACUCCGUGACAACCAAUAUUUGGAAUCUCUAGACCUGUACUUCUGCACGGCACUGGAAGAGUUGGAUAUUCUGAGAUGUUCUUCACUCUGUACACUAGAGGGCUUUCAAUCCCUUGGCAGCCUCAGGCGUCUGUAUCUACGUGAUUGCCCUGGCUUGCAUUCAUAUUUGGAGGGUUUGCCAGCGCAGGACUGCGAAUUAUGCCCUCAACUAGAAUUUCUUGGAAUCAGUGACUUCUCUUUCCUUGCCACGUCGUUCUGCAGGCAACUCAGAUCACUCCAGCGGCUAGUUAUUUGUGGUUCUGUGGAAGAAACGACAGCGGAAAGACUAACAGAUGAGCAAGAGACAGAGCUUCUGCUCCUCGGUUCCCUCACAGAGCUCCGAUUUGAGGAUUGCAUGUAUCUCAAAUAUCUUCCUGCAGGCGUGCACAGACUUGGCUCGCUCCAGGUGUUGGAGAUUUCAUUUUGUCCGAGCAUCUCAGGGUUGCCGGGUCUCCCGCCUUCUCUAGAGGAGUUGAGAAUCUUCCGUGGCAGUGAGGAGCUGAAACUUCAAUCCAAAUCGCUAGCAUCAAGCAAGUUAAAGGUCAAAAUUGACAACCAAUAUGUGAACUGAUUACUCGGUGGCUUGUUAAGAACACGUGCACAACAGAUAUAGUUGUACACUUGUACUGCUUUUGAGAUAUAGUUGCACGACCAUCUCUCCCUGGAGAUGUUGAAGAUAUGAAGAUAUCCGAUUGUGUCAAGGCUGCCGGAAGCGGGCCUCCCACCUUUGCUCGAAGAGUUGGACAUCUCGCUUUGCAGCGAGGAGGUGAAUGAUCAAUGUAGAAUGCUCACAACAAGCAAGCUAAAGGCCGGCAUUGAUUUCCAAGAUGUGAAUUGGUUAGUCGUUGUCUUGUUAAGCAUGAGCUAGUACCUGCACAAAGGAUAUCGCUGUACUUCUUAUGAGGUUUGCUUUCACUUCAGAACAUCAUCCUCAUGUGAUCUACUUUGCUGCCAUGUCAACUGGUAUGGCUGCGAGGCGUUCAGCCCAGAGACAUGGCCGCAGGGUGCUACGAUCACGUCCCUGUGAAAGGCCAUCAUUAUCGUGCUGAUACUCAUUUCCUGGGAGAUAUGGGCCGGGAAAUAAUCAUGUCUUCAGGAGGAAGCUGGCAUCAGUAAACGAUGUUGUGCGCGAUCCAGAGGGCGCUUCAUCAGUGGCGCAUCGCCGGCGCAACUUGGCUGCAACCUUGUUGAUCAUCCUCUGCUGAUCGGCUAGCUAGCUAGUAGCAUCUGGCCCCUGUUUGGCCUCUGUUUUUUCUUGUGUUCUUAGUUUCUCCUUGUUGAUCAUCCUCUGCUGAUCAGCUGGUACUACGGUUUUAUCCCUGCUUAAUACAUGAAAGUGCCAGCAUUUGCUCGGUUGUAUAUACGUUUUAAGGAAUUCAUUUUGUUUUGGGGCUUCUUUUGUGGUGCCACAAGGCCAACAUGUUAUGCUUCAGA